AUGGAACCCAGAAAUAAUACACAAAUGUCAGAAUUUCUACUGCUGGGAUUUUCAGAGGACUUGGAACUUCAACCUCUCCUGUUUGGGCUUUUUCUGUCCAUGUACCUGGUCACUGUGCUAGGGAACCUGCUCAUUAUCCUGGCCACCAUCUCAGACUCCCACCUGCACACGCCCAUGUACUUUUUCCUCUCAAUCUUGUCUUUUGUGGACAUCUGCUUCACCUCCACAAGCAUUCCAAAGAUGCUGGUGAACAUCCAGACACAGAGCAAGCUCAUUACCUACUCAGGCUGCAUCACACAGAUGUACUUUUUAUUGUUUUUUGCAGGGUUAGAUGACUUCCUCCUGGCUGUGAUGGCCUAUGACCGCUUUGUGGCCAUCUGUCACCCUUUGCACUAUACUGUCAUCAUGAAUCCCAGGCUCUGCAUGUUGAUGGUGCUGGUGUCCAGCAUCAUCAGUGCCCUGCAUUCCCUGUUACAAAGCUUGAUGGUGUUGCGGCUGUCCUUCUGCACAGACAUGGAAAUCCCACACUUUUUCUGUGAACUGAAUCAGGUGGUCCACCGUGCCUGCUCUGACACCUUUCUUAAUGACAUGGUGAUAUAUUUUGCAGCUGUGCUUCUGGCUAUUGGCCCCCUGGCUGGCAUCCUUUACUCCUACUCCAAGAUAGUGUCCUCCAUCCAUGCAAUCUCAUCAGCUCAGGGCAAGUACAAAGCUUUCUCCACCUGUGCAUCUCACCUCUCCGUGGUCUCCUUGUUUUAUUGCACCUGCAUUGGUGUGUACCUCAGUUCUGCUGUGACCCAAAACUCACGCCCAACUGCAACUGCUUCUGUGAUGUACAUGGUGGUCACCCCCAUGCUGAACCCCUUCAUCUACAGUCUGAGGAACAAGGACAUCAAGAGCUCUCUGAAAUCACUCUUAGGGAGGGAGACUCUAAAAGUGCCAGUUGUACUGAGACUAAAGAAGUGCACAUGA